AUGCUUAGCGUUAAUAGUAUUAGCUCAUAUGGUAGGCUAUGUUCAAGACGUCUAUCUAGUUGUAGAAUUCUUUACAAUGCAGCUGUUGCCGAAUCUGCAACUGCUGCUGCCAAUGCCACUGCUGCUUCCAAUGCCACUGCUGCUUCCAAUGCCACUGCCAAACAGGGUAAUGAGAAAACCUCAGAACAUCAACAUCCGUUAGUCAAUUUAGGUAAUAAAUUAGGUGACGAAUUAUUAAACUCAAAUAAUGUUAAUCUAAUUUAUGAUAAUUUUAAAAAAGACUUUGGUGAUAUCACUGAGAAUUCUCAUCUAAGUGUUAGUAGUUUACAAAAAUCAUAUUCCUUGAAUGUUCCACUAAGUGAAUUAUUGAAAAAGUCGACAUUUAAAAAUUCUGAAGCUGAUCCAUAUUCCAUUUUAAUUACACUUUGUGAUUAUAAUUUGGCAAGACCAAAACAUUUCGAAAUUAUUUUGACUCAUUUCUUAAAAUUAGGUAAAGCUGAAGAUGCUAUGGCUUUAUGGGUCAAAUAUUUGGAAAAUUUGACUAGUAAUCCAUUUAAUGGUGUGGAAAAUAAAUAUUCAAUUAUUCAUAAUAAUAACAUCGCUUUAGCCACUAUAGCUUAUUUAUCAUUACCAGGUGUUACCCCUGAUUACAAUGUUUUAUUGCAAAUUAUUAAACCUCGUGAAGUUGUUGAUAAAAAAUUCGAGUUCAUCAUUCCUUUUUCAAGAAUUAAAUAUCUGAUUGAAAUAGUGACACCAAAAAAAGACGUUAAAGAAGUCAUGAAUAAUUACAAGACUUUGUUCACUGAUUAUGCUAAGAAUACACCUGACUUUUAUACAAAAUUGUUAGCAAAGCCACAUUAUCAAUCUUUGAAAAAAAUUAAAGAAGCAUAUUUUUCAUACCGUGAUAUGGUGAAAAAGAAUCCAAAGGAUAAGGAAUUAAUUGAUCAUAAAAUAUUGAUUGUUUUUAUGGAUAAAUUAGUGGAAUUUGGUGAUGUGAUAUAUGCCAUAAAAGUAUUUAAUGAUUUUAAGGAUUUUGAUCUUGGUGACUCAAAAACUGAUUUACAAAAUCAUCUAUUAAUUACUGUGUCUAAUUUAAAACAAGCAGGUUUUCAUUCUUUUGCUCAACAAACUAAUGGAUUGAAUAGAGUUUUAGCAAUUUGGAAUAGUAUUAUUAAAGCCAACUCAAAAGAUACACCAAAACCAGAAUCAUUCGAUGCCUUAUUCAAAUCAUUAAUUUUGUCUGGCAAUGGGCACCUAGUAAAAACUAUCUGGGAACAUGAAAUGCCAAAAGGAUAUAAAUCUAAUAAGGAUGUUGCACAAUCUUAUAUAUUAAGUUUAUUGGAAGACAAAGAUAGCAUGAUAAAAAAUCCAGAUACUUUAUUCAAAAAAAUUCCAUCUUCUGUGUGCACUAUAAACACUUUAACAUCAAUUGAUUUGAUAAACGGAAUCUUACUAAGAUAUUCUGAGUUAAGAUCAAAAGAUAAAUUUGAUUCAAUUUAUAAAAGAUAUUUCACUUCUGAAAAUGAGUAUCAUUUACAACCAACUGUUGAUACAUUGGCAAUUAAAAUGUUAGCAAAUUAUAAAUUUAAUCCAUUAUCAAAUUUCAAUUUCCUAUCAAGUAUUUCAGAAGAUAUAAAUAAUUUUUCAAAAGUCAAUGCCAUAGUGACUAAAUUUAUCGAUAUUACACCAAAUAUCAAAACAAUUAAUAUGUUAUACAAUCAAAUAAAGAAACCUUGGAAUUCUAGAAAAAGCUCUCUAUUUAUUUCAGCCCAAUUUUCUAAAGAAAACGGUAAUAAUGAACUAGCAGAAGCAAUAUUCAAGGAGUUUGCAGAAGGCAGUGAUGGUAGCAUUGAAAAAAAGAAUAUGUUAAUUGGUAGAGACUUGAUUAAAUCUCUAAUACUUGGGUAUUGUGAUUUAGCCAUCCGUGAAAGAGAUCCAAGUUAUCUAUUUAAGAUUUCUAAUUUCAUCAAUUUAUCCGAACAAAUUAAAUAUUCUCCAUAUCUUCCAAUGCUUUCGAAAGUUUACAAUACAGUAGCUUAUUUAAGUAAAGUUACUAAAAUGGAUAAGUCCGAAAAAGAAGUUGCCAACGAAAUUAUUGAGAAACUUCAUAAAGUCGAGAAAUACACUCCAUCCGAAAAAGAUACAGAAAUCUUGAAGAACGCUGGUUUAACUGUACCAGACAAACCUUUAUAA